GAACAUUGACGGAAAAUGUGUCUAACGUUAAGUAGUCUUUAUGGUUAAACACAAUAAUAGAGGGGCUUGUUAAUAAUAAUAUCUCCGCCGAAUCUUCUGGCAUCUUUUAUUCCAAAGCAGGAAGAAGAAGAAGUCAAAGACGAUACACACAACAACAACAAUGGCGUCGUCCUCAUCCUCUUACCUCCUCCUCCUCCUCGUCGCGAUCACCGUCUCUUCCCUCUCAAUCUCCACCACCUCCGCACGUCCCUGCAAAACCUUCCUCAUCUCCUCCUAUUCCCUCUCGAUAACCCCAGAAAACCCUAACCUCGAUCCCCAAUCCGACCUCCCCUCGACCCGAUUCGUCACCGUCUUCACGAUCCGCCGCCUCAGCCCCAACCCGACCGUCCCUUUCUUCGUCAAUCGCCGCCACGGAAUCCUCCCUUCCGAGAAGCCUCAGAUCCAGGAGAAUCGUCCUUCUCAGCCGUCUUUCCCUUUCGUCUCCGAGAACGUCAAAGAUCGCACGAGGGACAUCCUCAGCGUCGUGAUGGCUCUCUUGUUCGGAGUCGGAUGCGGCGCCUUGACCGCGGCGACCAUGUACCUCGUGUGGGCCCUGGUUGUGAAUCGCCAUGGGUACAAUUUCGAGGAGGAUGAUUACGAGAACGAGGAGUCCGAUGCAGCUAGCUUGAAGAAGCUGGGUUACGUCAAGAUCCCUGAUCCUGUCAAGGAAGCUGCUUAAAUUCGAGGCUCUUCCUAUCCUAAUUACCAAAACAGACCUUUCGUGAAUUUAGUUUCUACAUAUUACGUCUAUCUAUGUCGCGUUGAUUAUCAGUUAAAUUCGAGUGUUUUUAUGGAUUUAUCUAUAGCUAUUUUAUAUAUAUAUAUACUGAUGAAAUAUUAUCAGUGCUUUACGAUUUGUGUUUGUGGAUGUUUAUAAUUUAAAGUGUGAUUAUGAUGUUA